AUGAAAAGGGCUUGGAAUGCCAUAUUCUUUCUGGUAGCAAUGAUAGUAUAUUUUUCAUAUAUAAUUGUCGGGCUUGCCUUUGUAUCUGUGGUAUGGCUUGUGUGCUAUGGGAAGGUUGCCAAACGUGCUCUUAGAAGAUCGGCAAAGAUUACGUGGCUUCAUCUUACACGGGCAGUAUUUUCAGGAUACUUCCCCAAAAAAGUGUUUAUCAGGUACAAUCCAGCCAUUCUCAAGAGAAGCAGAAAUGUUAUUAUUUCAAAUCACUUGACGGAAUAUGACUGGCUAUUUGUUUGCUGUGUGCUGCAUUGUUUUGGAAGGUUCAAGGAUAUAUGCAUUGUUCUUAAGAUGUCCUUGAAGGACAUUCCACUACUAGGACGUGGAAUGAAGUUUUUUCAAUUUAUCUUUUUGAACAGAAAGAUAAGCAAGGACAAGGAGCUAAUCAUAUCUGGAACUUCGAGGCUUAGGAGCGAAGGGAAGUAUGAUCUUCUUAUUUUCCCAGAGGGGACCUACAUAGACAAGUUGUCCCAUCCUAAAUCUCAUAAGUGGUCGUCUGAGGCAGAUGUAGAGAUUGAUGGAAGGAGCUUUGAUCCUGAGGAGGUUUUGAUCCCCAGGACUACAGGGUUCAAGAUAUUGAGAGAGAACAUACGGGAUGACAUGGAGGGGAUUAUAGACAUCACAAUGAUGGGAAACCCUUAUGUGAAGUAUCCCAACGACACCUUUUCUUACUGGGAUGUGAUAGUGAACAAGUCACAAAAGGUGAAUUUUAUGUUCUUUUUGGACUAUAUUCCCAAUAACAACAGUAUGGACGAGGAUAGUUUUUUGCUAAAGCAGUUUGAGAAGAAGGAGAAAAUGAUAUCCAGAUUCAAGGAAAAGAAUGGAGAGAAGUGUGUGACGAGAAUAGAGGAAUUCAGCAUGAUUGCAAACUUGUUGAGCGACCCGAAUGAGGAGUAUAGAGACAUGGAGAUAGAGCUCUCUUCUCCAUGGGGCCCUUUCUUCCAUAUAAUGUUUACUCUUAAUUUGGGGCUGUUAAUAGGAUGGAUUGUAAGACUUUUUUCAAAAUAA